AUAAUCCGCGCUUGCUGAUAUAGAAGCCGACUUGUCGGCAAUCAUCAGUGGUAUUAGAGAUGUUACAGAAAACGGGCUUGUUUUUGCUACUGGUAACACUGUUUCAGGUGUACGCCGAAACAGUUAAACCAGAUUUCAUCGAAAAUGUAAACGGAAAAGAAGAGCAAUCCGGCUCCCGCAUCGUGUCGGGCUGGCCGGCGACUCCCGGGCAGCACCCGCACCAGAUCUCGCUGCGAAUGGUGAGCGCCGCCGGCAGCGUCGGCAGCUGCGGCGCCUCCGUCGUCUCCAAGGAGUGGCUCGUCACUGCUGCCCAUUGUACCGCUCUUCGCGUGACGCUAGUGGUCCGCGCUGGCACGGUGUCCAUCCACACCCCGCAGUACAUCCACGAGACCACGGAGUACUACAACUAUCCGACCUACAUCGACAACUUGCCCACCCUCGUACAGAUCAACGAUAUCUCCCUGGCUAGAGUGCAGCGCCCCUUCGUAUACACUCCGUUGCUGCAGGCUAUCCGCAUUCAGUCCACGGCUGAUGCCAACAAGGACUACAAUGGACUACGAGUUUACACCAGUGGAUACGGAAGGACAUGGACCAACAGUCCCGUGUCUGAGACUUUGAACUGGGUCUACUUGACCGGGGUCGCUAACUCGGCCUGCCAGCAGACUUUCGGUACCAACCUAAUCAUCGACUCCGCCAUUUGCGCGCGCUUUUACAACGUCUCUUCUCAGUCUACUUGUCAGGGUGACAGCGGUGGCCCGCUCGUACACGUCGGCGAUGACGGCAUCCCGACCCUCAUCGGAGUCACCUCGUUCGUAGCUGGCGAUCCCUUCGGCUGCCACUCCGGCUUACCUGCUGGUUUCAUCAGACCCGGACACUUCCAUUCUUGGUUCACACAAAUAACUGGAAUUGACUUCGAAAAUCUAAAUGAGGAGGAGGAAGAUGUUACCGAUUCUCCAGUGACCGAGAGCACUACAGAGCCAGCGGAAUCUGAGGAAGUUACCGACGGGCCAGGCUCAGAGGAAGCCACCGAGGCACCAGAAUCCGAGGAGACAACUGACGCACCAGAGUCUGACGAGACCACUGACGCUCCAGAUACCGAGGAAUCUGAAGAAGACAGCGACGAGAGCGACGAAGACGAGGAACUGUCCGAGCUCCUGAAACGCCUCGAAGUCCAAGUCAAGGUGAAGGUCAAGCUUAACAAAUACAAAAUCAAGAAGGAAGUAGAAAAAGACAAGGAGAUUAAGAAAAAACAUUAAGUAAAAAUCGUUAAUUAAAAUUAAAAGUUACCUCUUUCAUGUUUUUUGUGUCAUUUGCGUGAUUAAAAUAAGGAUUAAAAGGAAA